AUGGCCGUCUUACGUCGAACGAAUCCCAUAACUCUUAUUCUAGCUGGUCUACUCACAAUCGGGUUCAUUUUUUUCAUUUUUUCCCCUUCGUCUGCGGCGUCUAGCUCUUCCUCUCAACGGCGAACAACCUAUACCGCUAAGAAUCCGCUAUCUCCUCCCUCCAAACCCUUCCAACAGGCUGGUCCAACCAAGGCCGAUGGCCGUCGUGCGCGUCCUCCCGUUGUCCUAUAUAACAUGAAUAACAAUACUGUAGCGCGAAACUCAGUCGAAAACCAUGAAUGGAUACUCAUUCUUACACCUCUAGCUCGAUUUUAUCAGGGGUACUGGGAUAACUUGAUCAAACUUACGUACCCGCGCCAAUAUAUCUCUCUUGGGUUCAUUAUUCCAAAAACCCGCGAGGGCAAUGCCGCAACGUCAGCACUUCAAUCUGCUAUUAAGAUCACACAAUCGGGACCCCUUGGCGGUAGAUUUGCCAGCAUUACUAUCCUACGACAGGAUUUCGAACCCUCAAUCGUUUCCCAGGACGAAAAGGAACGACACAAAUUUGAAAAUCAAAAGAUUCGACGUGAAGCCAUGAGCAAAGCACGGAACAGUCUUCUUUUUACAACACUGGGCCCGUCUACAUCUUGGGUUCUUUGGCUUGACGCCGAUAUUGUUGAGACUCCGGAAACCCUAAUUCAAGACCUAACGAAACACAACAAACCUGUUAUAGUACCUAAUUGCUAUCAACGCUUCCACAACCCCGAAACGAAAGAGAUGGACACACGACCAUAUGAUUACAAUUCCUGGAUAGACAGUCCGCGGUCAUUGGAAAUAGCCAACGCCAUGGGCCCUGACGAAAUCAUGCUGGAGGGAUAUGCGGAACUGCCAACGUAUAGGACUUUGAUGGCUCACCUAGCCGACAAAUCACCAGAUCGGGAUGUCAAUAAAAUCAUCUCAUUGGACGGGGUCGGCGGAACGGCUCUGAUGGUAAAGGCAGACGUGCAUCGUGAUGGCGCAAUGUUCCCAGCAUUCCCAUUUUAUCACAUGGUGGAAACGGAGGGAUUCGCGAAAAUGGCGCGGAGGCUAGGGUGGCAAUGCUUUGGAUUGCCGAAUUAUUUCGUGUACCAUUAUAAUGAGUGA